ACAUAAAAAGUAUCCUAAUUCCUAACUGAAAAUAAGUCCGAAAGAAUAAUACACUACUAAGCUUAAAACAGUGUUGUGGAGGGCUAAGAGGUUUCUCAGACUUCCCCCAAAGGAGUGCAGACCAAAAAUGGCGCUUCUGUUCCAUAAAUUUCAAGAGGCUGUAAAAAGUCUUGCUAGAAGUCCCACAUUUGCUAAGGACCCAAGGCAUCUUCAAUUCGAAGCUGACAUGAACCGGCUUUUCCUCUAUACGAGCUAUAACCGUUUAGGAAAAGAGGCUGACGAGGCAGAUGUGGAUGAAAUAAUUGACAUGGCCAGCAAAGCUUCCUUGACUGACCAACAAAAGCAAGUUCAGGAGAAUAUCCAUUCUCAAAUAAGAACCUUCUGCAAGCUUAUGGAUGAAAUUCUUCUUCCUGUCAAGAAAAUUGAGGAACAGUUUGAAUCUGCAGCACAAACAAUCAAGAGUCCGCCGCAAAGUGGGCUUAGAUUUGCUGUUGGUCGCACUAGCAGCUCUCCCGUUAACCAUCCUGCUGUACCUGAGACGAAACCGCUGAAGCUAGCUGAUGUAAAGGAGGCUAUUAAGGAUCAUGUAGGUUACUCACUUGCAGUACGGUCUUCUGAAAUUCCGCACAAUGAUGCUGGCCAGGGUCUAUUUCUGGAAGGUGAGGCUGAGGUUGGUUCUGUGAUAGCAAUUUAUCCUGGUGUGAUCUACUCCCCAGCAUACUACCGAUAUAUUCCAGGAUACCCAAGAGUUAACGCAAACAACUCUUAUCUGAUCACAAGGUAUGAUGGUACUGUGAUAAACGCCCAGCCGUGGGGUAAUGGAGAUGAAUUUCGUGAAUUUUGGGAUGGAAGGAGCUCUCCUAAAACUGCACAAUCUACUGAACAAAUUGUUGAAACUAGAUCUGAUCGGAUCUGGAAAAUGAUCAAUAAGCCUCUGGAAACACCUAGAAGUGGGAUCUAUGGUGAAAUUUUGGAGCGCCGCAACGCACUGGCCUUCGCUCAUUUUGCCAACCAUCCACCAAAGGGGAUGGUUCCGAAUGUCAUGGUUUGCCCAUAUGAUUUUCCAUUGGAUGAGAAGGAUAUGAGAACAUAUAUUCCAAAUAUUUCAUUUGGAAGUGAAGAGGGAGUAAAAAUGAGGAGGUUUGGUAGUUUUUGGUUCAAGUCCAGGAGUUCGGUUCAUGGUGUUUCUGAUUCUCCCAUUCUGAAAUCACUUGUUCUUGUCGCCACCGGAGCAAUAAGCAAUGAAGAGAUCCUUCUAAGUUACAGGUUGAGCAACUCAAAGCGUCGGCCAUCAUGGUACGCUCCAGUUGAUGAAGAAGAAGACCGAAGGAGAUGGGGUUGAUCAUAGACAGUUACUGACGUACCAUACUAAAGAACUGGAGAGAUUAGGUUUCUGUGAUUUCUGAUGACUGCUGUUGCAGUUCCUGAAGAAGAAAAACAAUUUUGAAUUGGCAAUUUGAUCAAUGAAGGGGAUGAACUAAAGAAUUUCAUAUUAGUAUGCUUAGAGAUUAGAUUUGUUGGCUGUUAUCUUUCUGAGGUAGACAUUAAACAUUUGGGUAAAUUCUUUUCCCUUUUGAUUAAAUCUUUUACUGAUGACUUUUCAUAUUCCCUUUUGAGGAAAUCUUCUUACUGAUGUUGCUAACAAAGUGGUGAAACAGUUUCAUCAAGGUGAGAAUGUAGAACCCUUUAUCAUGUGAUUCAUAAAAGUACCAAGUGAAUUUAAUUUAUUUGUUAUGAAUAUUA